AAUCAGGACAGCACCAUGGAGGGCUGGCAGGAGGAUCAUGAAGAGGGGCUGGAGGACGCUCUGGAACAGGAGGAGUAUGAAGACCCAGAUGUCCCCGUGCUUCAGGUGGAGGAGCCAGUAGCUGAUCACGCUGAGCCAACAGCCACAGACUACGACACCAGCCCAGACCCAGACGCCACAUCACGCGCAGGCACCCACGCGGUGUACGUGGAGCUGCAGGAGUUGGUGAUGGAUGAGAAGAACCAGGAGUUGCGAUGGAUGGAGGCAGCGCACUGGGUGCGGCUGGAGGAGAACCUGAGGGAGGAUGGGGUCUGGAGCCGCCCGCACCUGUCCUACCUCAACUUCUGGAGCCUCCUGGAGCUGCAGAAAGCCUUUGCCAAGGGUACUGUCCUCCUGGAUCUGCCAGAGACCUCCCUGGCGGGGGUGGCCAACCAGCUGCUGGACGGGUUUAUCUACGAGGAGCAGAUCCGGCCUGAGGCCCGAGACCUGCUGCUCCGGGUCCUGCUGCUCCAGCACAGCCAUGCCGGAGACCUGGAGGCCCUGGGGGGUGUGAAGCCCACGGUUCUGACCCGUUCCGGGAACCCCUCACAGCCUCUGCUCCCCCAGCACCCCUCGUUAGAGACGGAGCUCUUCUGUGAACAGGGCACAGAAGGGCAUUCCCCAUCUGGAAUUCUAGAGAAGAUUCCCCCAGAUUCGGAGGCCACCCUGGUGCUCGUGGGCCGAGCAGAGUUCCUGGAGCGCCCGGUGCUGGGCUUCGUGCGGCUGCAGGCGCCCACGGAGCUGGAGGCUGUGGGGCUCCCAGUGCUUGUACGCUUCCUCUUUGUGCUGCUGGGACCCGAGGCCCCCAACAUCAACUACACCCAGCUUGGUCGGGCGGCGGCCACCCUCAUGUCCGAGAGGGUGUUCCGCACAGAUGCCUACCUGGCUCAGAGCAAGGCGGAGCUGGUCCGCAACCUGGAGGGCUUCCUGGACUGCAGCCUGGUGCUGCCUCCCUGUGAAGCCCCCUCCGAGCAGGCCCUGCUCAGUCUGGUGCCCGUGCAGAAGGAGCUGCUGCGGAGACGCUACCUGCUCAGCCCCGCCAAGCCCGAGCCCCACUUCUACAAGGGUCUGGAUUUGUAUGGGGGCCCAGGGGCCCCUGCUGGGCCAGACGACCCUCUGCAGCGGACAGGCCUGCUCUUUGGGGGCCUGGUGCGUGACAUCCGGCGCCGCUACCCCCACUACUUGAGUGACAUCACAGACGCGUUCAGCCCCCAGGUCCUGGCUGCUGUCAUCUUCAUCUACUUUGCUGCCUUGUCACCUGCCAUCACCUUCGGCGGCCUCUUGGGAGAAAAAACCCAGAACCAGAUGGGGGUGUCGGAGCUGCUCAUCUCCACUGCAGUGCAGGGCAUUGUCUUCUCCCUGCUCGGGGCUCAGCCCCUACUUGUGGUUGGCUUCUCAGGACCCCUGCUCGUGUUUGAAGAAGCCUUUUUCUCGUUCUGCGCUAACUACAGCCUGGAGUACAUCGUGGGUCGCGUGUGGAUCGGCUUCUGGCUGGUCCUGUUCGUGGUGCUCAUAGUGGCCUUCGAGGGCAGUUUCCUGGUCCGCUUCAUCUCCCGCUACACCCAAGAGAUCUUCUCCUUCCUGAUCUCCCUCAUCUUCAUCUAUGAGACCUUCGUCAAGCUGAUCAAGAUCUUCCAAGACCAUCCACUUCAGAAGCAUUAUGACCACAAUGUGACAAUGGUGCCCAAACCUCAGGGUCCCCUGCCCAACACAGCCCUCCUCUCCCUUGUGCUCAUGGCUGGCACCUUCUUCUUCGCCAUGAUGCUGCGAAAGUUCAAGAACAGCUCCUACUUCCCUGGCGUGCUGCGACGGGUCAUUGGGGACUUCGGGGUCCCCAUCUCCAUUCUGAUCAUGGUCAUGGUGGAUUUCUUCAUCGAGGACACCUACACCCAGAAACUCAGUGUGCCUAAAGGCCUCUCGGUGUCCAACUCCUCAGCCCGGGGCUGGGUCAUCCACCCACUGGGCUUGAGUUCGCAUUUCCCCAUCUGGAUGAUGUUUGCCUCCGCCCUGCCUGCCAUGCUGGUCUUCAUUCUCAUCUUCCUUGAGUCUCAGAUCACCACGCUGAUUAUCAGCAAACCAGAGCGCAAGAUGGUCAAGGGCUCUGGCUUCCACCUGGACCUGCUGCUGGUCAUAGGCAUGGGCGGUGUGGCUGCCCUCUUUGGGAUGCCCUGGCUCAGUGCCACCACUGUUCGUUCCGUCACCCACGCCAACGCGCUCACUGUCAUGGGCAAGGCCAGCGCCCCAGGGGCUGCAGCCCAGAUUCAGGAGGUCAAGGAGCAGCGGAUCAGUGGGCUCCUGGUCGCUGUGCUUGUGGGCCUGUCCAUCCUCAUGGGGCCCAUCCUGUCCCGCAUCCCCCUGGCUGUGCUGUUUGGCAUCUUCCUCUACAUGGGGGUCACGUCCCUCAGCGGCAUCCAGCUCUUUGACCGCAUCUUGCUUCUGUUCAAGCCGUCCAAGUACCACCCAGAUGUGCCCUAUGUCAAGCGGGUGACCACCUGGCGCAUGCACUUGUUCACGAUCAUCCAGAUCAUCUGCCUGGCAGGGUUGUGGACGGUGAAGACCUUUCCCACCACCUCGCUGACCCUGCCCUUCGUGCUCAUUCUCACGGUGCCUCUGCGCCGCCUUCUGCUGCCGCUCAUCUUCAGGACGCUGGAGCUCCAGUGUCUGGAUGCUGACGAUGCCAAGCCGACCUUCGAUGAAGAGGAAGGUCGGGAUGAAUACAACGAGGUGACCAUGCCCGUGUGA